CUGCAGCGAGAGAGCAGAGAGGCGCACUGACUCCAUGAGCACAAGUGGAUGGAAAGAGACCCGUGCAAUGGAGAAACUGAGCCGCGGUGCAGAGACCGGAGCCCUGUAGACUCGGGAAGAACAGAAGAGAUGCUUGCAUGAGAUAAGGGGAAUGAAGAGUAGAAUAAAGAGUUUUAAUGAAGAGUUGAGAUUAUUUUCCAAAAUGGCACGGAUUUGCUACCAUGCAAAUGCGCAUUUUACAAAGAUGACAUAGCACUUGAGAAAAUGGGAUUCCUCCAGGAACAGAACUCACUCACGACCUGAAUGAAAAGAGAAAGGGAAUCUAUUCAAAUCGGAAUUUAGCUUUUUUCUUCUUUUACUUGACAAGGCUCGGUUGUGAGUGAACGCAGAGUGAAAUAUGAAUCUGGGAAAAGCACUUCUGUUUUUCCUCCUCUCAAAUUGUGUGACAAUGACUUUGUCGCUAUCCACUUGCACCACAGUGGACAUCGACCACAUAAAGAAAAAGAGAGUAGAGGCGGUCCGAGGACAGAUUCUCAGUAAACUCCGGCUGACCAGUCCGCCUCAAACAACAGGUCCAAGUCAAGUGCCGUUUCAGGUCUUGGCCCUUUAUAACAGCACCAAGGAGCUCAUUGAGGAGCUGGGAAGAGACAGGCAUCAGAGUUGUGGACAGGAUAACACGGAGACUGAGUACUAUGCCAAAGAGAUUUACAAGUUCAACAUGGUCAAUGGUCCGCCAGAAAACAAUGACCUCCCCUACUGCCCUAAGGGUAUCACCUCCAAGGUGUUCCGCUUCAACGUCUCCACCAUGGAGAAGAACUCCACCAACUUGUUCCGGGCCGAGUUUCGAGCCCUGCGGAUCCCCAACCCGGCCGCCAAGAGAAACGAGCAGAGGAUUGAGCUCUACCAGAUCCUCCAGAAAGACGACCCCAAAGCCAAACAGCGAUACAUUGGGGGCAAGAACGUCCUGACCAAGGGAACGCCUGAGUGGGUCUCCUUUGAUGUUACAGAGACAGUGAGAGAGUGGCUGAUGUACAGACAGACCAACCUCGGCCUGGAGAUCAGCGUGCAUUGUCCCUGCCACACUUUCAGGCCUAAUGGGGACAUUAUCGAGAAUGCCAACGAGGUGCUGGAGGUCAAGUUCAAAGGUAUGGAAGCGGACUAUGACGAUCAGAGCCGUGCGAAAAAACAAAAGGAGCAGCUCUACCCCCACCUCAUCCUCAUGAUGCUCCCUCCCCACAGGCUGGAUGCCCAAUCCUCCUCCCGCAGGCGUAAGCGGGCACUUGACACCAAUUACUGCUUCAACAAUUAUGAGGAGAACUGCUGUGUGCGACCACUAUAUAUUAAUUUCCGGCAGGAUCUGGGCUGGAGGUGGAUCCAUCAGCCUGAAGGGUACUAUGCUAACUUCUGCUCCGGUCCCUGUCCUUACCUGCGCAGCGCAGACACCACCCACAGCUCGCUGCUGAGCCUGUACAACACCUUGAACCCCGAAGCGUCCGCCUCACCCUGCUGUGUUCCUCAGGACUUGGAGCCCCUCACCAUCCUCUACUAUGUGGGUCGCUCCCCUAAAGUCGAGCAGCUCUCCAACAUGGUCGUCAAGUCCUGCAAGUGCAGCUAAAGUUCAGGGCGGGAGACGUUGGGUGUGACGGCUCCCAGCACUACUCAGGAGCGGGUUUAGAGGGGUUAGAGGGGGGCGCGGUACACUUUCCCCUCCAUGAGUACCUCCUGCUUCAGCCGUGUCUCUCUCUCACGAAAAACAAAGAUGCAGUCCACCACUCUGCUCACAAUCAUUGGCAGCAUUUACCAAGGAGACUUGUCAAACACCACUUCACUAACGGCACUCUCAAACCCAUCAGACCUCCUCAGCAAUCGCCUUUUUUUGACAUCAGUGUUUCUCAUGUUUUUUUUUUCAUAUUCCAGCAUUUUGUACCUCAGUGUUACAUAACCAGGAGGAACAGAACAAUAAUUGUCUUUCAAUGACCACUGCAUUCCUAAGGACAUUAAAUAAUUGCAGUCAGAAAGAGGAAAUGACUGCAGAAUGCAGACUGAACUCAGCAUGAUAGGAAUACGUCAAAGAGGGGGAAACUAAAAUGUUUGUUGAGAGCAAACACGUCCCUCGGCUCUGACGCACGGGACACCUUCCAAUGUCCGAGCUGGAAACCGACGCUGUGCACGCCACGGCUCCCUACACUGUUUGUUUAGGAUUAAGAUGCUGUUGAAUUAAAAAAUGACCUUAAGAAAAAAAAAAGAAAACAUGCUGGAAUACCAACCAUUAUUUCAAAGUAGUAUUUCCAUGGUUAUGUUUACCUCUGUAAUACAACAGGAUGGUGAUUCCAGGGAUCGUUUUGUUUUAAAGUGAAGCCUUUCUGUUGUAUGAGACGACGUAUGUCACUAAGUGAACACUUAACUAGAUCACAAACUGUAAAUGUUUUUCUUAUUACUCUUGGAAACACUUUUUUUUAAUUAAAAAUGGACAGUUGGAUAGAAUGGUUCUAAUUUCAUUAUUGUUGGAGUUUUUUUUCUGUUUGUGACACUUUUUGAAGGGUUAUAGGGUUAAAUUUAGAUGACAAAAGGGGGAGAAAAUAAAGACCAGACAGAGUGACAACUUCAGUGUGGUGAACAAAUACAUUUACUGACAUGAUCAGCAUGUUUUAAUGGUUUCAAGGUAUUCAUUUCAAUGUUUUCUGACUUACGAUUCCAAAAAUAUUACAUUUCCAUGCAUGUGUGUUGGACAAAACAGAUUCAAUGAUCAAACUGUAAACAACUUUGUAUCACCACAGGAGAAUAUACACAUUGAUUUGGACUGUACUGUUGGAUUUUUGUAACACAGCAUGCACUGGCAUAGUAAAGUAGUUGUAAAUCCACAACAUUAAAAAGGAUAGUUCAGAUAUUUUAAA